AUGUCUCAGCUCUUAAGAAGCAUUGUCACCGUAAUUGACGUCUUCUACAAUUAUUGUGGCAAAGAUGAGGAAUGUGACACAAUGUGCAAAAAGGAACUCAAGGAACUUCUGGAUAAAGAGAUGGGUCCACUUCUGAAGAAUCCCAGCAAUCCUGACACUGUGGAUGUCUUCAUGCAAAUCCUGGACAGGGACCAUGACAGAAGAGUGGACUUUACUGAGUAUCUGCUGAUGGUAUUCAAGUUGACCAUGGCCUGCAACAAAUCCCUCGCUAAAGAAUACUGCCAUGCUUCAGGGUCAAAGCAGAAACACCAACGUCACCAUCACCAGGAGGCACAAAGUGAAACAGAGGAAGAGGAACAGUCAGAAGGGCAAGAGUCUGACUCCAGUCAUGCAAGCUGGAGUUCAAAAGGGGGAUAUGGGUCAUCUAGGUCUGGGCAAUCGCACGGGAGCAGGGGCCACAGGCAUGGGUCCAGCUCUGGGUGGGAAAGGAAUGAUUCCUCAUAUAAUUCAGGGCAUGGGGAAGGCUCAGGGAGGAGCUAUCAUAGAUCAAGCUCAAGCCACUCAAGGAGUAGUAGCCAAGAGAAAUAUGGGUCCAAAGCAAACAAGCAGGAGGGAAGGAGACAUAAGUUAAGCAUUAGCCCCUCCAGAAAAUCUGGAGGAGAAGAAUAUGAAUCUGGCACUGAUCACUCAGGUAGAUGGGAAAGACAUGGAUUCAGCCAUAGCCAUACAGGAGGAUUUGAGGUACCAGAAGAGAGGUCUGGAAGAGGGAAGGACAGAGGACAAAGACAUAGCUCCAAACCAUAUCGAUCCUCUAGCUACGAUAAGCAUGAUUCUGGGUCAUCUACCUAUGAACAACACCAACCUGACUCUGGUCAUUCAUCUAGCUAUGGACAACAUGGGUCAAGCUCAGGCCACUACUCAGGCCAUGGACAACAUGAGUCUGACUCAGAGCAGUACUCCAGAUAUGGACAAAAUGGGUCAGGCUCAGGACAGCCUUCUAGCCAUGGGCAAUGUGAAUGUGGGUCAGGUCAGUCUUCCAACCAAGGACAAUAUGAAACAGGGUCAGGUCAAUCCUCCGGCUAUGGCCAAUAUGGGUCAGGAUCAGGUCAAUCCUCAAGCUCACAACAUUAUGGGUCAGGCUCAGGUCAGUCAUCUAGCUAUGGCCAUCAUGAGUCAGGGUCAGGUCAACCCUCUGGCUAUGGACAACAUGGAUCUGGCUCAGGUCAGUCCUCCAGCCAUGGCUAUCAUGGGUCUGGCUCAGGUCAUUCCUCCAGCCAUGGCCAUCAUGGGUCUGGCUCAGGUCAGUCCUCUAGCUAUGGACAACAUGGAUCUGGCUCAGGUCAGUCCUCUGGCUAUGGCCAACAUGGAUCUGGCUCAGGUCAGUCCUCUGGCUAUGGACAACAUGGAUAUGGCUCAGGUCAGUCCUCUGGCUAUGGACAACAUGGAUCUGGCUCAGGUCAGUCCUCUGGCUAUGGACAACAUGGAUCUGGCUCAGGUCAAUCCUCUAGCUCACAACAUUAUGGGUCAGGUUCAGGUCAGUCAUCUAGCUAUGGACAACAUGGAUCUGGCUCAGGUCAGUCCUCUACCUAUGGACAACAUGGUUCACAUCAAUCCUCUAGCUAUGAGCAGCAUGGAUCUGGCUCAGGUCAGUCCUCUGGCUAUGGACAACAUGGAUCUGGCUCAGGUCAGUCCUCCAGCUAUGGACAUGGGUCAGGGUCAGGUCAAUCCUCUGGCUAUGGCCAACAUGAGUCUGGUGCUGGUGAGUCCUCUGGCUCACAACAUUAUGGGUCAGGGUCAGGUCAGUCAUCUAACUAUGGCCAACAUGGCUCAGGCUCAGGUCAGUCCUCCAGCCAUGGCCAACAUGGAUCUGGCUCAGGUCAGUCCUCUGGCUAUGGACAUGGGUCAGGGUCAGGUCAAUCCUCUAGCUCACAACAUUAUGGGUCAGGUUCAGGUCAGUCAUCUAGCUAUGGACAACAUGGAUCUGGCUCAGGUCAGUCCUCCAGUCAUGGCCAUCAUGGAUCAGGGUCAGGUCAGUCCUCUAGCUCACAACAUUAUGGGUCUGGCUCAGGUCAGUCCUCCAGCCAUAGCCAUCAUGGGUCAGGCUCAGGUCAGUCCUCUGGAUUUGGCCAACAUGGAUCUGGCUCAGGUCAGUCCUCUGGCUAUGGCCAACAUGGAUCUGGCUCAGGUCAGUCCUCUGGCUAUGGCCAACAUGGAUCUGGCUCAGGUCAGUCCUCUGGCUAUGGCCAACAUGGAUCUGGCUCAGGUCAGUCAUCUAGCUAUGGACAACAUGGAUCUGGCUCAGGUCAGUCCUCUACCUAUGGACAACAUGGUUCACAUCAAUCCUCUAGCUAUGAGCAGCAUGGAUCUGGCUCAGGUCAGUCCUCUGGAUAUGGCCAACAUGGAUCUGGCUCAGGUCAGUCCUCCAGCUAUGGACAUGGGUCAGGGUCAGGUCAAUCCUCUGGCUAUGGCCAACAUGAGUCUGGUGCUGGUGAGUCCUCUGGCUCACAACAUUAUGGGUCAGGGUCAGGUCAGUCAUCUAACUAUGGCCAACAUGGUUCAGGCUCAGGUCAGUCCUCCAGCCAUGGCCAUCAUGGGUCAGGCUCAGGUCAGUCCUCUGGCUAUGGACAACAUGGAUCUGGCUCAGGUCAGUCCUCUGGCUAUGGACAACAUGGAUCUGGCUCAGGUCAAUCCUCUAGCUCACAACAUUAUGGGUCAGGUUCAGGUCAGUCAUCUAGCUAUGGACAACAUGGAUCUGGCUCAGGUCAGUCCUCUACCUAUGGACAACAUGGGUCAGGCUCCAGUGGUCAAUCAGAGAGUUGUGGAGGACAAGGACAUCACUCAAGUUCACAUCAAUCCUCUAGCUAUGAGCAGCAUGGAUCUGGCUCAGGUCAGUCCUCUGGAUAUGGCCAACAUGGAUCUGGCUCAGGUCAGUCCUCCAGCUAUGGACAUGGGUCAGGGUCAGGUCAAUCCGCUGGCUAUGGCCAACAUGAGUCUGGUGCUGGUGAGUCCUCUGGCUCACAACAUUAUGGGUCAGGGUCAGGUCAGUCAUCUAACUAUGGCCAACAUGGUUCAGGCUCAGGUCAGUCCUCCAGCCAUGGCCAUCAUGGGUCAGGCUCAGGUCAGUCCUCUGGAUAUGGCCAACAUGGAUCUGGAUCAGGUCAGUCCUCCAGCCAUGGCCAUCAUGGGUCAGGCUCAGGUCAGUCAUCUAGUUAUGGCCAGCAUGGGUCAGGCUCAGGUCAGUCCUCUAGUUCACAACAUUAUGGGUCUGGCUCAGGUCAGUCCUCCAGCCAUGGCCAUCAUGGGUCAGGCUCAGGUCAGUCCUCUGGAUAUGGCCAACAUGGAUCUGGCUCAGGUCAGUCCUCUUGCUCACAACAUUAUGGGUCUCACUCAGGUCAGUCCUCUGGCCAUGGACAAGAGGGAUCUGGCUCAGGUCAGUCCUCUAGCUCACAACAUUAUGGGUCUGGCUCAGGUCAAUCUUCCAGCCAUGGCCAUCAUGGGUCAGGCUCAGGUCAGUCCUCUGGCCAUGGCCAUCAUGGCUCAGGCUCUGGUCAGUCCUCCAGCUAUGGCCAACAUGGUUCAGGCUCUGGUGGCCAUUCAGAGAGUUGUGGAGGACAAGGGCAUCACUCAAGUUCACAUCAGUCCUCUAGCUAUGAACAGCAUGGAUCUGGCUCAGGUCAAUCCUCUGGCUCACAACAUUAUGGGUCUGGUUCAGUGGUCGGUCACAGAGCUGUGGACAACAAGGACGUAGUUCAAGUUCUCAUCGGUCCUCCAACUAUGGACAAUGUGGGUCUGGCUCAGGUCAGUCCUCCAGCCAGAGACAAUAUAGAUCUAGCUCAGGUGGUCAGUCAGAGAGCUGUGGACGACAAGGACGUAGUUCAAGUUCUCAUCAGUCCUCUGGCUAUGGACGAUGUGGGUCUGGCUCAGGUCAGUCUUCCAGCCAGAGACAAUAUAGAUCUAGCUCAGGUGGUCAGUCAGAGAGGUGUGGACAACGAGGACGUAGUUCAAGUUCUCAUCGGUCCUCCAGCUAUGGACAAUGUGGGUCUGGCUCAGGUCAGUCCUCCAGCCAGAGACAAUAUAGAUCUAGCUCAGGUGGUCAGUCAGAGAGCUGUGGACGACAAGGACGUAGUUCUCAUCGGUCCUCUGGCUAUGGACAAUGUGGGUCUGGCUCAGGUCAGUCUUCCAGCCAGAGACAAUAUAGAUCUAGCUCAGGUGGUCAGUCAGAGAGAUGUGGACAACGAGGACGUAGUUCAAGUUCUCAUCGGUCCUCCAGCUAUGGACAAUGUGGGUCUGGCUCAGGUCAGUCCUCCAGCCAGAGACAAUAUAGAUCUAGCUCAGGUGGUCAGUCAGAGAGGUGUGGACGACAAGGACGUAGUUCUCAUCGGUCCUCUGGCUAUGGACAAUGUGGGUCUGGCUCAGGUCAGUCUUCCAGCCAGAGACAAUAUAGAUCUAGCUCAGGUGGUCAGUCAGAGAGGUGUGGACAACGAGGACGUAGUUCAAGUUCUCAUCGGCCCUCCAGCUAUGGACAAUGUGGGUCUGGCUCAGGUCAUUUCUCUACUUAUGGGUCUGGAUCAGGCCAGUCAUCUUGCCAGAGCUCAGGCAGUCAGUCAGGAAACUGUGGAGCACAAUACAAUUCAAAUUCACAACGGUCUUCUAGUUAUGGACAAUGUGGAUCUGCGUGUGAUCAGUCUUCUAGCUUUGGCCCUUAUGGUUCAGGUUCAGCUCAAUCCUGUAGCUCUGGAAGUCAUGGAUCCAGUGUGGGUGGACAGACAUGUAGUCCAGGAAGACAAAAGUCCAAUUCAAAUGGUAGCUGUGGGGAAUUUAGUAAACAAACAGUUGGCUCAACAUACAUCCUGUGUGAGAAUAGCAACAAUGAGUCAUCAGGGGAUAGAAAUAAUGAAAGUAAGGCAGUGUACAGCCUCAACAGCCAAGAUGCAGCCGGUUCUCAGAGAGCAGGAGGAAAUUAUGAAAGGGUGA